AUGACAGUUUCUCUCACCCAGGCAACGGGGGCUGGGCUCCCACCGAAACAGGAGGGAGGAGGAGGGGGAGGAGAGAGCCCGGGAGCCGAGCGCUGGGACCUGGCCGCUGCCCCUCGGGAGCCGGAGACCCCUCCUGGUAAGCUGGACGAUGCCUCCCGCCCCGUGAGCAUGUUUCAGAUCCCAGAGUUUGAGCCGGGCGAGCAGGAAGACGGCUCUGAGGGGGCACCAGGGCAGCCCGGGGGGCUGGGCAGACGCAGCUCCUCGGCCCCCGGAGCCCAGCACCACGAGGGCGCUGGGGACAGGCGACCCCGCUUGAUCUCCUACCCCCCACUCCGGGAGGGGCCGGUGCUAGUUCCCGAGGCCGGAGCCCAGGCGGAGCGGGCCGAGGCGGAGGAGGACCGGGGCCAGUUCCGGAGCCGCUCCAGCUCUGCACCGCCUAUCCUCUGGGCCGCGCGGCGAUACGGCAGCGAGCUCCGCAGAAUGAGCGACGAGUUCGAUUGCAGCUUCAAGGGACUUCCGCGCCCGAAGAGUGCCGGCACUGCGAGCCAGAUGCGUCGGAGCCACGGUUGGACCCGCACCUUCCAGUCUUGGUUCGGGCGGAAUUUGGGGAAAGGGGGCGCCGGUCCUUCCCACUAAUCCCCUCUUUCUAAGCACUCCGAUGCUGAAGUAGUUUGGCGGCCAUGUUGGGUAAGGGCGGAAGUGCCCUGCCCCUACUUCCAGGGGCCGGGAAGAAGCGCAAAUUUUCAGGGCGUCAGGGAGCCUCUUCCGUGACUGGAAUCCUUCUCAGUCGCGGGAAGCAUUUUGGGAACUAGGGCGCUGGGAUCUUAAUACUGGAGGGCCGGCUGUUUCCGCCCACAACUAACAUGGCCGCCAGGAGAAGCGGCUCUGCGACUCGUCUUCCAGGCCCGCCCUCAAUAAUCGGUUUCUGGGCGGGGGCUCGCUGCGCCUGCGCCUUGUGAGCCAGGAGCCGAGGUUAACCAUUUUCCCUCCCAGGGAACUGCUCUGAAGGCAGACACAUGGGUUCUUUCUGUGUGCACGUGGCAAUAAAGCCGAGGUCGUUUGUU